UGGACAGAGUGGAGCACAUGGAGGCCUCCAGCCGACAGGGACCUCUGCCUGACCUGCUGCCCCAGAAUGAGCACUCAUCCUGGGCAUCACAGCAUCACAGAGCCAGCAUGGGAGAGCCAGAGCUGGAGGUCAGGAGACUGGGCAGUCAGCUGAGGACCAUUGGGGAUGAAUUCAACACCACAGUCCUACAGAGAGUGCACGCUGACCCCCAUCGGCAGGACUGGAGGGACGUCUGGCGAGGCCUCCUCAACUUUAUCAACCAGACUCUCAGCACUCUCUACAGGCUCACAUAGACAGGAGACGGCUCACCUGCAAGGCACUGCGUAACCAUGGCGACUUGAACACCCAACCCCCCCACCCCCCCAAACUGGUUGCUGCUGUUA